AUGUCUUUUCCUGAAACGGUACCAGAUUGGAACAACCUCAAAGUCAUUCACAAAGGCACACUUCCACCGCGAGCGCACUUCUACAGCUAUACCGAUGAAGCGAAGGCUCUCACGCUGGAUCGCAGCCAAAGCGAAUACAGGUCGCUGAACGGGGUAUGGAAGUUUAGCCACGAUGAGUCCCCACUAGAGGCACCAGAAUGGUCGUCAGUCGAUCCACGGAGCUGGGAGGAGAUCAAAGUGCCAGGAAUGUGGCAGCUCCAGGGCUACUCGCAUCCUACGUAUACGAAUGUGAAUUACCCCUUCCAUGUGAACCCGCCCCAAGUCCCGUUGCUCAACGAGACUGGCUCGUAUUGGAGGCAAUUUGUUACCCCACCAUCUUGGUCCGGCCAGCAGAUCCGCCUUCGUUUUGAAGGGGUCGAUAGUGCAUUCCAUCUUUGGAUCAACGAGAAGCCGGUCGGGUACUCUCAAGGCUCCCGGAAUCCAAGCGAGUUUGACAUUACGACGCAGCUGAACGAGCCUGGUACUCCCAAUACAAUUGCAGUUCGUGUUUACGAAUUCUGCGAUGGCUCUUAUAUUGAGAGGCAAGAUCAGUGGCUUCUGAGUGGCAUAUUCCGAGACGUCGGGUUGUUGGCAUUUCCAUUAGCUGCAGUGGUCGACUUUGAUGCGAUUGCUAUGUUGAGCGAAGACCUUACCUCUGCCGAAUUACUUGUCCGAGUCAAAACUCAAGGGGCUCCAGGUCUGAUUCAAGCUAAGUUGUAUCGGCCAGGGGGCGGACUCCUGGCUGAAUCAACGUUUCCAUCGACGAAGAGGAGCAGGAUUGCAAUUUCGGGAAACGAUCUCAAGCUCUGGUCGGCGGAGACCCCUGACCUGUACACCUUGCUGAUAAGUUUCCAAGAUCGCGUUAUCCCCCAGCGUAUUGGAUUCAGACGGAUUGAGCAAAAGGACAGCAAUUUUCUGGUCAACGGCAAGCCAGUCAUUCUAUAUGGAAUGAACCGUCAUGAGCACCAUCAUCUCUACGGCCGCGCUGUGCCGUAUGAGAACAUGCGAGCGGACCUCAUUCUCAUGAAGCAACAUAAUAUCAACGCCUUGCGCUGUGCUCACCAGCCUAAUGACCCAAGGCUAUAUGAGGUUUGUGAUGAGCUUGGCCUAUAUGUGAUAGCGGAGGCAGAUCUCGAGACACACGGCUUUGAUCCGGUUGAGCGAUCAAAUAUCGACAACCAACAUCUCAUGAGUGAGUACGAGAUCCAGGAAAUGUCAUACAAAAUGGCCAAGAAAUGGACUUCAGACAAUCCUGAGUGGAAGGACGCUUAUAUGGAUCGGGCCAUUGAGCUUGUGCAGCGGUUCAAGAACUAUGCGUGCAUCAUCUUCUGGUCGUUGGGAAACGAAGCUUUCUACGGGCGAAACCAUGCCGCCAUGUACAAAUGGAUCAAAGAAGUCGAUCCGACCCGCCUUGUUCACUAUGAAGGUGAUAGGGACGCGGUCACCGCAGAUUUGUACUCCACCAUGUACUGGAGUAUCGAUGCCUUGAAGAAACAUAUUGGUGAGAAGACGGACAAGCCAUUGAUUCAAUGCGAAUAUGGUCAUGCUAUGGGCAAUGGUCCCGGCGGCUUGCAGGAGUAUAUCAAGACAUACCGAACGGAGAAGCUGCUCCAAGGCGGCUUCAUCUGGGAAUGGUGUAAUCAUGGGCUACUGAAGAGAGACAGCGACGUUUCCUUCUAUGCCUACGGUGGUGAUUACGGCGAUCAACCGAAUGAUGCUGACUUUAUUCUUGACGGAAUGGUAUUCUCGGAUCACACUCCUACACCAGGCCUCCUAGAAUACAAAAAGGCUAUUGAGCCUAUCACAGUCUCCCGCGACGGUCAACAGCUCGAAAUAACAAAUCAUUAUGAUUUUCUUACCCUUGAACACCUGUCCGUGUCGUGGCAUCUUGUCAAACAGACAGGGAACACAAAUCCCCAAGCAUGGGAUCUACCUCGAAUACCUGCCGGAGCGUCUCGCAAGUGCGAUCUCCCACGAGGAGUAGCGUUUGGAUCAGAGCCCAAAUGGCUGCAUAUUGGCUUCCAUCUCAAAGAAACCACUGCUUGGGCAUCGAAAGGACAUGAAAUCGCAUGGGCCCAGAUUCCCUUGUUUGACGAAGCAGGGCCGAUUACUAUUGGGAAGCCUCUGUCGCUUCAGCCACUGUCAAUUAGCCAAAAGCUCGGUCGCUUGUAUAUAGCGUCAAAGGACAUGGAAACGCAAUACACAUAUGAUCUAGUCCGGGGCAAUUUAGCAUGGUCUACCAACGGCGGAAGCGUAUUCCACAGUGGACCACAGCUCGGGAUUUACCGCGCCCUGACGCAGAACGAUCUCGGGCCUGAGGGACCAUGCGUCGAGUGGGAUCGGUUCCGUGUUGGGAGUACACGCAUGCUGGUUCAAUCCGCAGCGUGGCACCUCAAUGAAGCCGGCAAUGUGAUUAUCGAGACCCAAGUCCGGGUCGCUCCAACAGUGCUUGAGUGGGCAGUCGAAGCAGCCCUUCGGUACACACUUACCGAGUCUUCUUUGGAAAUACACGUGAAAGGAGGUUUCAUUGGGACCUACCCAAAGUACAUUCCCAGGCUCGGCUUCACGCUCCGCUUGCCCCAUCACUACAAUGCCGCGACAUGGUUUGGCCGAGGGCCUGGCGAGUCUUACCGAGAUAAAAAGUCCGCUGCGCGGUUUGGGGUGUAUACCUCGAGCGUCGAUGAUGGCUUGCAGACUCCCUACGAAUGGCCUCAGGAGAAUGGUAACCGUGUUGAUACACGCUGGGUGCGGGUGCAUGCAUCGUCUACCGCCGAGCCUUCACCCAGUGCAGAAAUCAGACCCCCGCAAAUUGGGAUCCUAAUGGACGCUCCUUUCAGUUUUUCGCUCCGGAAAUAUUCGAUGGCUGAACUAGAUCGUGCGAAACAUCCUUUCGAAUUAUCCGGGUUACAGGGGGAAACCGAGCUGACUAUCGACUUUGCUCAUCAUGGUAUCGGCACGGCAAGUUGUGGACCGGGCCCCUUUGCAGGGCAUAGAUUGGAGGCUGGGCCGUUUGAAUUUACUGUUGCAUUCACCCUAUCAGCUUAG